AGUAGUAGUAGUAGUAGUAGUAGUAGUAGUAGUAGUAGUAGUAGUAGUAGUAGUAGUAGUAGUAGUAGUAGUAGUAGUAGUAGUAGUAGUAGUAGUAGUAGUAGUAGUAGUAGUAGUAGUAGUAGUAGUAGUAGUAGUAGUAGUAGUAGUAGUAGUAGUAGUAGUAGUAGUAGUAGUAGUAGUAGUAGUAGUAGUAGUAGUAGUAGUAGUAGUAGUAGUAGUAGUAGUAGUAGUAGUAGUAGUAGUAGUAGUAGUAGUAGUAGUAGUAGUAGUAGUAGUAGUAGUAGUAGUAGUAGUAGUAGUAGUAGUAGUAGUAGUAGUAGUAGUAGUAGUAGUAGUAGUAGUAGUAGUAGUAGUAGUAGUAGUAGUAGUAGUAGUAGUAGUAGUAGUAGUAGUAGUAGUAGUAGUAGUAGUAGUAGUAGUAGUAGUAGUAGUAGUAGUAGUAGUAGUAGUAGUAGUAGUAGUAGUAGUAGUAGUAGUAGUAGUAGUAGUAGUAGUAGUAGUAGUAGUAGUAGUAGUAGUAGUAGUAGUAGUAGUAGUAGUAGUAGUAGUAGUAGUAGUAGUAGUAGUAGUAGUAGUAGUAGUAGUAGUAGUAGUAGUAGUAGUAGUAGUAGUAGUAGUAGUAGUAGUAGUAGUAGUAGUAGUAGUAGUAGUAGUAGUAGUAGUAGUAGUAGUAGUAGUAGUAGUAGUAAUAGUAGUGCCGGAGUGAGCCACGAGGGAUUACUGGGUGACAGGGAAGAUAUAUCUCGGCGUAGGCAGCUGGCCACAGGUGAGUUUCAAAGGCUUUGGCCACUGUGGGUGAGAGGCUCGCAGUUCUACCCAUCUAUCUCGGAGGAACUAUUAUUAACGUCGUUGGAGUUUGCCAGAGGCUUCCCGUCGGUGUCUUCGGAGGACCAGGAAACAAUCCUCCAUCCACGGAAAUCCCUGCUAUUCGGCCUCGGGAAAGAGUGGAUGAAGAAGGGAAGCGGAGUAUUCGAUGUGACGAUGGGAUGCUAUGCCGGUGCUGAAGUCUGUAAGUUGGUCGGUACGCUGGCCCUUGCCAAACUAUCCGAGGUGUACAUUGGCAGUGACAUCGGACUCUACCGCAACGAUGGGCUGGCAGUAUUCCGGAACGUAUCGGGACCAGAAGUGAACAGGAUCAGAAAGCACAUGACCAAAGUUUUCAACAGCCUAGGACUAAAAAUUACCAUCCAGAAAACCUGA